GUCUAACAGAUUAUAACGUGAAAGCGCACUUACGAAUGUCUUUUCGUCGACGUCGGUGACGAAAAUUUUUCCAAAUCGUAAUUAUGGCCGGUGAAAUAAUCUUGAUUUCAAAAAUAUGGUACCGAUAUAUGUUGCCAUGAAAUAGCGACUAAAGUGACAAUCAAAGCGCAUCCAUGCCACACGAUUUGAGCUUAAGCGUCUACAGCUGUUAGAGUAUUAACCAAUAUCUUUUUUCACUAGUAUUUCAAUGAAAUGAUUUAAAUUUCAAUAUAUUUUCGGAUGAACCUACUGCGGUUUCUACACAUAAUGUAGGAUAAAACGAGCAAAGAGCUGAGUAGGAUUAUUCGUGGUAAUAUGCUACGCAUAUUGUCGAUAAUGGCGAAGACGGCAUAAUUUGUAACAUCCAAUGCGCAAUGCAUCCUGCAUAUAAGGACGGUUGUUGCAGAAGUUCAUGUUAGUUCACAAUUACAAGGUACUAAUAAACCGAGAUAACCAAAACUAAUAAUAUAAAUAAAAAAUGAUGUCAGUUAUUGUCGGUGUGGGCAUACCUCUCUUUUCUGGCUUGGUGUACCAGACCGCCCUUAAGCAUAGUCUGCGCAUCCUAGAUGCCAUAAAUCAUCGAUAUCAUUUCGGAUGAAGACGUUUUGUCAGUAAGAUCAUUUGGCGAGCAGACGGCUUUGGCGAAGAGGACGAUGAUGGUAGUGAUCGAUAAAUUCGAAUGUUUUUAUCUAAUGUUAUUGCUCCCACGUCAACACUGCUCGGCUAGCCCACCUUUUGGCAGCCGGGAGUAUCACAGUGAACUGUAUACAGCGUUGCAAGUUCUAUUCACAUAUGUGAGUGUAAUCCGCAAAAACGUACGUGUACACACGGAGAAUUAUGCCGUAGACGAAAAACAACUCCUGCAUGUGAUCUGAACUAGGACAGCGCAACAGCGCCGGAGGGCCCGAUUAUGGCGUCGUUCCUGGAGGACGCUGGCCAUGAGCUGUGUUUCGAGAGAGAGAUAUUUUUUAAUCCCAACUUCUCAGUAGACCAGUUCGUAUCCGAGAAGCGUAAAGCUGUUGGCCUUGAACAGCUCCGGCACGAUCUUCGUUCACAUCUGAAAUACCUGCAGGAGUGCCUUGUCGAAUUGAUUAAUAAUGAUUACACUGACUUCGUCAACUUGUCAUCGAACCUUGUCGGCUUGGAAAAAUAUAUCGGAAACAUUUCGCUGCCACUGAAUAAACUACGGGAUGACGUUAGCGAAAUCAGCGAAAUAAUCGAUGCCACCCUCCAGGAAACCGAAGAGAAACUGGCUCAGCGUCAACAAGACCGUCAACUUCGGGGGAAAAUUCUACUGGCUAUGGACGUAUAUCGGGGGGUUCAGCAACUUCCGCAGGAAGAUCAGAUGUGGACCCCGGAUCUCGUCGAACGUACAGCCAGCCAAAUCCAAAGCUUAAGUUCAUCUUUGGAACGCUGUAAGGACAUACCGUUGGCGCGGAAGUCCGACGAAGCCAUUAGCAACGUUCGCAAACAGCUUAAAGGCUAUCUUGAAGAGCGACUAUUGGAAGCACUUCAAGGUCAUGACGAUGCGCAGCUCCAACACGUUCUUCAGGUUGGCGUGGCAGUGGAUCUAGUCGCCUUUUUAGAAACCUUUUAUUCGGAACGCAUUGUCAAGCCAACUCUUGAGGAGAUUGUUACAGAACGCGUGCUCCGUGAGGUUCUAAGUGAUGGUUUAUUUAAUCAGAUUGUGAUGUUUAUUACAACAAAUACUGCUUUGCUAAAUAACUGUGCACCACCUGAGUAUAAUUUUAUCCCUCGAAGUGUGUUUCCCGUGUUUGUAGCCUUGGCGGAAAGCCGUAUUCCAACAUUGUUUAGCCUAACUUCGGCCACAAUGUUCCACGUGCGAUACAACGAGGCACUGCGUUUCCUUGAAACGCUCGAGCACCAUAUGUCCGAGCAGUCCGUACAGAUCUUUCGCUCUAGUGAGUCGUAUAAAGCGUUUAUGGAAAGAUGGAGUACGGGUAUCUACUUUCAGUUGCGUUAUACGGAAAUUGCCACAAAUUUUGAAACUGCUCUCUUGAAGGGUAACGAACCCUUCAGUAAGAAGCAGACAUUGUUAAAUGUUACAGAGAAUCUUUAUAAACAAAUUAGCUAUUGCUGGUCGGAUGGCGUGUACAUAGCAGAACUAAAGCCUAGAUUUUUAAAAUUGACAAUUCAGCUACUGGCCCGGUAUACGACGUUUCUCGAGCAGUACGCCAAAGUGACGCACCCAGUAGGCGAGCUCAGUGCGUUGAUGCUUUUUCAAGCGGCCGCUGACUGCCAUCAGGUAUCUAUUGAAUCCGUGUGCACCUGUUGUGACAACUUUUUAACAUUCGAAGAGAAGGAAUUAUUUAUUUUGUGUCUCAAUGAUUCAGUCGAGCGGUUGGCUGUUUGUCGCGAAAGCUUGGCGAGAGCUGCCGCCUCUCUGCUUGUUCAGUUGGCCCAGAAUAGCGUCAAACAGAUAUCUGAUAUUCCACGUUUAUAUCGCCGCACGAAUCGCGAUAUACCAAAGAUGCCGUCAGCGUUCGUGGCCACCAUGCUUAAGCCAGUUCUUAAUUGUCGUGCAUCGACAUCGGGCUAUUGGGACUCCGAGUGGUCGGCGCAAAUGGCGCAAGGGAUGGCCGAAGCUUUCUUAGUAACAACCCGUGACGUUCUCGAUUCAGUACGCAAGAUGGAGGAUUCAUUGCGACGGCUCAAAAAGGGCAAAAUGAACGCUACCGACACGCAAGGAAUCAGCGAUGAUGACAAAAUUCGUCUUCAGAUCAUGAUUGACGUCGAACACUUCGGGCAGCUGCUCGAGGAGCUUGGGGAGCUUCCAGAGUGCUACGAAGAACUUUUCAAGCUAGCCAAAAGCCAAAUGAUGAACGGAACAAACGGUGGGAAGUAGAACUAAAAGUAAAAUGAUUGCAAAGAAGCUUUGGGACACCUUUUCGAUCGGAACGAACCGCUAUCUUGUCAGCAUUGACAGAGUUGAAAAUGUCGACGGUUGUUGUUAAUUUAGAUUGAUCUAAGAGCAGUAGAACCCACAUGUUAAUGAACGGCUGGACUAAUAUAUUUAUAUACAUAUUUGGAUGUCUAAUAUUCAGAAUAACAUGAUAAUAGAAGUUAGUAUACCUCAGUAGCUACUGAUAGUCCACGCACACAGGCAGAAUACGACAAGUGAUCUUAGGAUCUGUCAAUGUAGGAUCAAAGUGCGUACAACCAAGAAACGGUAAGUGGGUUGGGCAAAUUUAGUUUAUCAUGAUGAUAAUGAUAAGAGAAGUGUGGUGUUUUAGAUUGAUACUGAUGCUAUGUACCCCAGUUGAUGACGUGAAAGCGAGGUGAAGCAUGUAGUAGUGAACGAAGAUAGUGAAUACGCAAGCCUAUGUAUGCAAUGUGAUGGAUCAGACGUAGACACUUCGGCAAGACGUUUUUAGGUCCAUAAUGGUUAACCGGUCAUUUAUAUAUGUAAGAGAGAGAGAGAGAGAGAUCGAAAUCCCGUAAGGUGUUUUAUCAUGAACAAACAUAAGUGUAAAUAAAAUGCAAUUCAUUAACUGAACUAGCUAUUGCAUAUCUGAUUGGAGAAUUUAAGAGAAUGUAGCUUAACCUUUUCUAGAAAUUAGGGGCGAUAGCUGGACGUUGUUUAUAUGGAAAUGUAGUUCUUUGAAUCCUAAAUAUAUAGAAGUGCUGGAUUGUGUUCACGUCCAACAAACAAACGACUUUUGUAAGAGGUAUCUGUACUGGCAAAUGUUUGAAUUCUAUAUAGGUUUUAAUUUCUUUCACAUUUAAGCUACGCUUACGGUUCACGCGUUGAAUGUUCUAAGCCUUGCAUUGCGCCUGUAAAUUCCUAUAAAUUACUUGGCCAUUAUCGUACUCACGCAGGGUCCUUAUCUUUGGGUGUUACUUGAAAUCGGCAAAUCAAACAUUUAAAUAAUUAUUUUAUGGAAUACGCAGCCUUAUGUACUGUUAUUGUAAGGUACUUGUACUACUAAAGGUAUAUGUUACAUAAACAUAAGUAGUCGUUAUAUUUGCCAUUAAAGAAAGCGGGUAAAUUUCAGAUACAUUUCAGUAAUGCUUGAACAACAUCUUCUGUUAUACCAAGUACAUUGUACUGAAUAACGUCUCGUAGUGUGUGCCAGCGUAAACGGCUGUUGUGUUCGAGCUAAGAAUGCAAUAGGUGCAAUAAUUAAGGAAAUGCUUUGAUGGAAUGGUACAGACCUACACGGGCCCCGUACUUGAUAGUCUAUUUGCUCGUCAGGUCGUCGACCAAUAUCAUGUAAGGUGAUAAUUAUUAAUAACGUUACGGAUGAUAGCUGCGAUGUUUUAAGAAAUGAUAAUGAAAAUAAUCGAAGAUCAUGUUAAUGCUAUUAAGCGGUUAGGGAUACGAAAGAAAGUAGGUGAAUACAUAGUUAAAAUAAUGACUCCACAAAUAUAUUUUAACCUAGAAAAGUAGCGGUUUGUGAUAAGGCAGGGAUAAUACUUUCUAAAUAGUAUAGACACGAAGUAGCUAUGUAUAACGUCAAAACGUUACCCGGAAAUAUGUGCGGCUCCUGUUUGGCAUCGGUAUAGUCGCAAAAUUCUUUCUCGCUUGUUGUUUUGAAUCAAAGCAUUUUGAAAGGCCAUUUUAUAAAGCUGCAGUGAACAAUAUUUAGCCAAUACGCCUGAGAAACGUACUAUAAUAAAAAUGUUAAUAAAACUCGUCAUAAAAAUGUUAUUUGAGAAAAACGCACUGCUUACACACACGUCACCUUUUUAAAAUCGUUUUCGUUAACUUUUGUAGUCUCAUUAACAUAAUUGUUAAAACAUUCCGAUAAACUCAACUUUACACAGUUAUAGCUGUAAGGUAUCUUUCACGUUUAAGAAAGAAGUUUAACGUUACAUAUUACUCCUUAAAAACCAAACCACUACUGUGCUACAAAGUCUUUACGAGUGAGUGAAGCGUAAAGCUGAACUGAAAUUCGCAACCUUAACGCCAACUUUAAGCCACACAAAGCAAGCAUCAUUUAGCCUCUAUUUAUAUUAUCUUAGGCGAUUUUGUUUUUGAGCUAAUGUAGUUUAUAGUUAACACUGAAAGGGACAAGGAGUCAUACACCUGCUUUCUGACAGAAAAACCUGACGUUACUAAGAGACGUAAGUAACGCAGAGUGCACGAAUGUAUUGUUUCUUAGUAUUACCGAUGCAAAUGGUACUACCGAUGUGGUACAACCAUAAUAUCCGCUUUGCAGAUGGAUCUUGACUUCUGAAAAAAAGGCUCUCUCUUUCACAAAUCCCUGAAUUAAAAAAUUAAUUUAUGUCAGGUCUAGUGAUUAGGCGAACCACUCUACAGCCUUAUUUGUCAAAAUGAAACCACACGUAAGUGAAUUAUGCCAAAAGGUCAAUAACAAUAGGGAAUUCUGUAUUAUUUACCAAUCCUUCAAGAACAUUUAUGUGACAAUGAAAAGACAAUAAGGAGCGCAAAAGCGUCGCAUCCCAUACAAAAAUAAAUUUACUCCAGUAGCCAUAAUUUCCAUACCUAUAUGAGCAUCUGUUAAUAUAAAUUUCCAUUCUCACUUUAAUUAAAAGUCUGC